AUGUCUGACAAAUACACUCCUGGUGAUGCCUCCAAAGGUGCUGGUAUCUUCAAGACAAGAUGCGCUCAAUGUCACACCUUAGAGGCCGGAGGUCCACACAAGGUGGGACCAAAUUUGCAUGGCAUUUUCGGAAGGAAGUCCGGCCAAGCAGAAGGUUUCUCAUACACCGCUGCCAACGUCAACAAGGGGGUCACUUGGGAAGGACAAACUCUUUUCGAAUACCUCGAAAACCCCAAGAAGUACAUCCCCGGUACCAAGAUGGCUUUCGCUGGUUUGAAGAAGGCGAAAGAUAGGAAUGAUUUGGUCGCUUACUUGGAUAAAGAGACCAAAUAA